UAAUUCAGAUGAGUUCCACGUGGUUUUGGGAGUUGAGACCAGGGAUCUUGUGAAGAUAGAUACUACAGUCUCCCCCAGCUGUGGAUGAAGUAAACAUCUGUCCAGGCCCUGACAACACUCAACUUUGUUACUUCAUUUUGUUACAUUCACAGCCACAGUUGCCAUGGCGGAGCGGGUGUUGGUGAUAGGCAGUGGUGGGCGGGAGCAUGCCCUGGCGUGGAAACUGGCUCAGUCGCCACACAUCCAGCAGGUGCUGGUGGCUCCGGGGAAUGCAGGCACCGCCAGCAGUGGGAAGAUCUCCAACUCGGAGGUGUCUGUGAGCAAUCACUCCAUUCUGGCCCAGUUCUGUAAGGAUCAUAAUGUUGGCUUGGUAGUGGUCGGACCCGAGGUGCCAUUGGCUGCAGGUGUGGUGGAUGACUUGGUGGCUGCAGGGGUUCCUUGUUUCGGCCCCUCUGCGCGGGCUGCCCAGCUAGAGGCCAGUAAGAGUUUCUCCAAGGCCUUCAUGGACCGCCACAACAUCCCCACAGCCCGCUGGAGCGCCUUCACAGACGCCCAGGAGGCAUGCAGCUACAUCCGCGAGGCCACCUUCCCAGCUCUGGUUGUGAAGGCCAGUGGCCUGGCUGCAGGGAAGGGGGUCAUCGUGGCCCGGGACCAGGACGAGGCCUGUCAAGCCGUGCUGGAAAUCAUGAAGGAUAAAGCCUUUGGCGCGGCUGGGGAAACGGUGGUGGUGGAGGAGCUUCUGGAGGGGGAGGAAGUGUCUUGCCUGUGCUUCAGCGACGGGACCACGGUGUCACCCAUGCCCCCAGCCCAGGACCACAAGCGACUGCAGGACGGAGACCAGGGGCCAAACACAGGGGGCAUGGGGGCCUACUGCCCCACCCCUCAGGUGUCUAAGGAGAUGCUGCAGGAGAUCAGGGAGGCUGUCCUGCAGAGGACUGUGGACGGGAUGAAGGAGGAGGGCGCCCCCUAUGUGGGUGUGCUGUACGCAGGUCUGAUGCUGACCAAGCAGGGCCCAAAGGUUCUGGAGUACAACUGUCGCUUUGGAGACCCCGAAUGUCAGGUCCUGAUGCCGCUGUUGAAGAGCGACCUGUACGAGGUGCUCCAGAGCACCCUGCAGGGCCGGCUGGCCUCCAGCGCCCCCGUCUGGCAGGAGGACAGCUCUGCGGUCACAGUGGUCAUGGCCAGCGCUGGGUACCCGGGCUCCUACAAGACAGGCGUUGAGAUCACUGGCCUGUCUCAGGUGGAGGAGCUGGGGGUGCAGCUGUUCCACGCCGGCACGGCCCUCCGGCACGGCCUCCUGGUGUCCAGCGGGGGCCGCGUCCUGACGGUCACCGCCAUGAGGUCGUCCCUGGAGACGGCCCUGCACGCGGCCAAUCAGGGCGUGGCUGCCGUGGGGUUCGCCGGCGCCGUCUAUCGCCGUGACAUUGGCCACAGAGCCAUCGGCCACCUGGCCCGACACAGAGCACUGACCUAUAAGGACAGCGGAGUGGACAUUGCCGCGGGCAACCGGCUAGUGGACCUGAUCAAGCCCAUGGCCAAGGCCACCUCUCGCUCAGGGUGCAACGCUGAGCUGGGGGGCUUUGCGGGGCUGUUUGACCUGAAGGCGGCAGGCUUCUCUGACCCCAUCCUGGUGUCCGGGACGGACGGAGUGGGGACCAAGCUCAAGAUCGCCCAGGCGUGCGAGCAACACGGCACCCUGGGCCAGGACCUGGUGGCCAUGUGUGUGAACGACGUGCUGGCCCAGGGGGCCGAGCCGCUCUUCUUCCUGGACUACUUCUCCUGCGGGCGCCUGGACGUGGGCGUGGCCUCCUCCGUGAUCGAAGGCAUCGCCAAGGGCUGCGAGGUGGCGGGCUGUGCCCUGCUGGGCGGAGAGACGGCAGAGAUGCCGGGCGUGUACGGCCCGGGGGAGUACGACCUGGCAGGGUUCUGCGUGGGCGCCGUGGAGCGGGCCUCCCUGCUGCCCAGGCUGGGGGACGUCUGCGAGGGGGACCUGCUGGUGGGGGUGGCCUCCUCCGGGGUGCACAGCAACGGCUUCAGCCUGGUCCGCAAGGUCCUGGAGCGGGCCGGCCUGGACUACCGCUCCCCUGCUCCCUUUGGGAGGGCCGGAGAGACCAUGGGCGACGUGCUCCUCACGCCCACUAAGAUAUACAGCCGGCUGCUCCUGCCAAUCCUGCGCAGCGGGGUUGUCAAGGCCUACGCCCACAUCACCGGGGGCGGGCUGCUGGAGAACAUCCCCCGAGUCCUGCCUCAGGGCCUGGCCGUCGACCUCGAUGCGUCUCGCUGGAACAUCCCCCCCGUGUUCUCCUGGCUCCACAAGGAGGGGGGUCUGAGCGAGGAGGAGAUGGGCCGCACCUUCAACUGUGGCCUGGGUGCCGUGCUGGUGGUGUCCCCCCCAGACGCCCAGAGGGUCCUGCGCCAGCUGCAGGCCCAGGAGGAGGCCUGGAUCGUGGGCUCUCUCUCCCACAAGCAGCCCGGAGCGGACGCGGUGGUGGUUCGAAACCUGGCCCCCAGCCUGCGUGUGCCCGGAGCCCAGCCCUGCGGAGACCUGGGUGGGCGGCAGAACGGGGAGGCCCACGGCGACAGCGGCGCCCCCCGCAGGAAGACCAGAGUAGGAGUCCUCAUCUCCGGCACAGGCACCAACCUGCAGGCCCUGAUGGAGCAGGCCAGGCGUCCUUCCAGCUCGGCUGAGAUCGUGGUGGUCAUCUCCAACAGGCCCGGGGUCCUGGGUCUAAAGAGGGCCUCUCUGGCCGGCAUCCAAACCCGGGUGGUGGAUCAUAAGCUGUACGGCAGCCGGGCGGAGUUCGACGGCACCAUCGAGCGCGUGCUGGAGGAGUUCGGGGUGGAGGUGGUGUGUCUGGCUGGCUUCAUGAGGAUCCUCACGGGAACCUUCGUCAAGAAAUGGAACGGUAAACUGCUGAACAUCCACCCCUCCCUGCUGCCCUCGUUCAAGGGGGUGAAUGCUCAGAAGCAGGCUUUGCAGGCCGGGGCGCGGGUCACUGGCUGCACCGUCCACUUUGUGGCUGAGGAGGUCGACGCUGGGGCCAUCAUCGUGCAGGAGGCGGUGCCCGUCCUGGUGAGUGACACCGAGGAGAGCCUAUCAGACCGCAUCCGGGAGGCAGAGCACCGGGCCUUCCCUGCAGCCCUGGAGCUGGUGGCUGGAGGGGCGGUGAGGCUGGGGGAGGACGGCCGCAUCGCCUGGAGCACGGCCCCUCUGGGCUAGACCAGAAGCCCCCCCCGCCUCCCUCCAGACCACUGGCCUGAAUACCAGCUGAGCCAUUAGAACCAGUGGUUCUGGUCCAACCAGUUCCAAGAUGAAUCUGCACAGCAUGCAAAUGGCUUUAGAAUGUGACGGAAUGUUUUGCUUGUAUGUAGUUGUGCCGAGGCUGCCUCAAAAACGAUGAACACAACAAUAACGAUGCUGUACCUGUCAGUGUUUACAAGGUGGCUUCAACAGCUUUGCAAUUCCAAAGCUGUUAGUCAGCCUACCUGGGACCAAACAUGAUUAUUUUCUGCAAGCUGUUUUCCCUUAUAUAUAUAUACAAAUCCCAUUUGGACCAUUGUUAUAAAAUGUCAUACAAAUUGUCGUACAAAUCGAUGAAUUCCAGUUGCAACUGCGAUUUUGCUAUGCUAGUAAGAAUAACAUUGUAGUUGUAAUGUUUUGUUAUCAUGGAUUGGGUCUCUGCCUGUUUACACUAACACUAAAUAGUUAUGUGGAAAUGUGACUUUUGUGUCCUUGCAUUAAAACUUGCACUGUUG